AUGGCCAUGUGUGCGAUUUGCCUCUUUAAGCUGCCGCCUUCCGCACAGCCACUGGUGCCCCGACCGCAUCCUGAUCGAAUGCUACGCCCUGGUGAACCAGCGAUAUCUCAAUAUCUUAAGAAACGCUACGCCGACCUAUCAGAAAACGACGGCUGGGCCAAGUUCGGCGAGGAACCCGAGUUUGAUCACGACCUUGGGAAUCCGGAAGAUUUGCUCGCUUGGUCGGCUUCUCGAGGCUGUUUCACCUGCGCUGCCAUUCUGUCUUUUGUGACGGAAAGCCUUGGGCACUCUUUCUGGCGCGCCGUGCAAUGGCGCAAAAAGCGCGACAGACCUCCAGAACUGCAUAUGCACGAUCCAAGAGCUAAUCGAGGACGCUUGAGAGUCUUUGAGUUGUAUACACCAACCUUGAGCUCCCUGGAGGAUGGCUUUGCAAGUUUUUCAGGACGCCUCAUAGUGCGCACUGGCAAACACCUCACGACCUACGCUCAAGAAGGCCUCAUUCAGGCGGCCGACUGGCUGACAGAGUGUAGCAGCGAUCAUGAUAGCUGCCGUGGGCGUGAUACCGGAUUCACGCCAACAAGGCUCUUAUUCAUUGGCGACCGGACUGCUGAGAAUAUUGGACUGAUUGAAAAUUCACCUCAGAACACUCAAUAUGCAACCUUGAGUCAUCGCUGGAGCCCAGAGACUGAAAAGGUCAAGCUAUUGGAGUCGAAUUAUGGAGAAAGACUAAAUCAGGGUCUGCCUCUCCGUCAUCUGCCCCAAAUGAUGCGCGACAUCAUUGAGAUCCUACGCUACCUACAUUUCAGCUUUGUCUGGGUAGACUGUCUGUGCAUCAUCCAAGACUCAGAGGACAACCAAGACUGGCGCAGCGAGGCCCAAAAAAUGGGAUCUGUCUACGGCAACUCCGCUCUCACCAUAGCCGCCACCUCUUGCGACACCAGCAGCCGCAGCGUAUUCUCGGCGCCUGCAAGAAGUCACAUUCAACUAAACCAAGGAGACGAAAAUGUCGUCUUCAUGCGACGGAAGCCAGAUCACUUCUGGGAUAUUCGCAACUGGAUGGACUCCCCGAAUAACCCGUGGAUCAACCAAACGUGGCCGUUGCUGCCGAGAGGAUGGGUCUUUCAGGAGAGAGUGCUCUCUCCACGAGUUCUUCACAUCACACAUGACGAACUUCUCUGGGAGUGUAACCACAAAAUCACAUGCGAGUGCUGGUCAACGAUUACUCACGAGGACAACAAAGGUCUUUGCUGCAAGAAUCAAGUUUCGAGCCUGAAGCAGAUACAUUGGACAGACAUUGUCGAGGAAUAUUCCAGCUGCGGUUUUACCUAUCAUAGCGACCGACUCCCCGCCUUAGCCGGCAUCGCUCGUCGUUGGGGCGAAUUGAACGGCGGCGAGACCUAUCACUGUGGUCUAUGGCAGGGAGGAUCCUCGAUUGCAUCCCAGCUACUUUGGCACAAUGGCUUUGGCUCCGCGUGGCUUCGGCCUCGCGUUGCAAGUAAGCUUCCCAGCUGGUCCUGGGCCUCUGUAGAAGGCCCCAUCAAGUUUGGUUACGAGCAAUUCAGUCUGGGGAGCCAAGAACGUAAAUGGAACCCCCAGAUCACCUCCGCUUGCGAAGGCGAUGUCUACAUGUGCGAGAGCAUGGAUCGGGCUGAAAUUAUUAUCACCGCACAAGUCUUUCCCGCGACUUUAGUGUACGAUAAUCACGGAUUGAACAGGGAUCAGCGCCGGCAUUGCUUAGGCUGGAUUGAGACCGGUCAACACGGUUUUGCUGUUCAGCAUCUUGACUACGCGUUCUGGCAUAAGGAUGAGCAUUUUGUGAGGUCAGGGUCACACGUUCUUGGCCUUCUAUAUCACUGGAAGCCCCGUACAGGUGAAGAGAAGGGUGAAAACGUCGGGUUCUUAGUCCUUCACGAGUCCGCUGAGGCGGGCAAAUAUCGCCGGAUCGGACUUGGUGACUCUUCUUUGGGCUUCAAACUGGACACACGGGUCAUUGAGGACAUCAUCGAGGAGAAAACUAUCAUUCUGAUUUAA